UAUAAAAUCAUUUGGCUCUCCUUCGUUUGGAAUUUGUGCAUUUGUAUUUUGUUCAUUCCACAGCCAUACGUUGACUUCGAAACUCAUAUAUGUUGCUUCCAGAGAUCGAUCAUCGUUCAUCUUAUUCUUCCUAGAAAAAAUGGAAUCUGAAGCACUGAUAUUGGGAGACAAACUGAUACUGAGGGGAUUGUCAUUCUAUGGUUUUCAUGGAGCAAGGCCAGAAGAAAGGACACUGGGCCAGAAGUUCAUGGUUGAUAUUGAUGCUUGGAUGGAUCUCACCCCAGCUGGCAAAUCUGACCACUUAUCAGAUGCUGUUGAUUACACACAAAUAUUUGAUAUAGCUAAGGAAGUUCUUGAAGGGUCACCUCACAACCUUCUGGAGUCACUGUCCCAAAAAAUUGCAGUUACUACUUUGAGAAAUCAUAAACAAAUAUCUGCUGUAAGAGUGAAGAUUAUAAAGCCUCAUGUGCCAGUCGAGGGUCAACUUGAUUGCUUAGGGGUUGAGAUACUUAGACGCAGAAGCGAUUUGCCAUACUAGAACUUUCAUAUCUACAGCUUCUGUCGUAUUUAUUGUUCUCAUUUUGUUACUUUGUGUGUCCACCAUUUCCACCUCAGUUGUGUCUUUUUUUUCUGUUUUCCUUUUUCUUACUUUUCGUCUGUUUGAAGUACCUCUCUUUGCCGUUUGAAUCAAGAGAGAAUGCAUAAAUAAGUACCUUUUUUUUUACUUAAUUGAAAAAAAAUAAAACAGGCCGGCUCUGAGCCUUAAUUUCAUGGGCCA